UUCAAACUACUAGUUACACCUCUAACCUCGCGAGAACACCCAGAACCUCUUCUGUGGACUGUUUUCAAAGUUUGCCCCAUUUCUCUCGGUUUAUAACCGCUGACGUUCGGCCGUGUCUCCCGGUAAAGCCGCUGAUAGCUCACCGGCGGUCCUCCCGGUCACAAAGUCUGAAUGAAAGCGGUGAUUCUUGCCGCCGGGUACGGAACCCGGCUCCAGAGGGAUGUGUUGGCGGACACCAGCGGAAGGUUCGCUCACCUGGCGGCCGUCGCCAAGCCGCUGCUGCCGGUGGGUCGGUGCGCUUUGAUCACCCACUGGGUCCACGCGCUGACCGCUUCCGGCUUCGUGGACAGCAUUUAUGUCGUAACCAACGCUCUGUACCACGCAGCGUUUGAAGAAUGGGCGACACAUUUCACAAAUGUCAAGAUCCUCAGUGACCAGACGACAAGCAAUGAUGAGCGUCUCGGCGCCGUGGCCUGCCUGCAGCUUGCCGUGAAGCACUUUAACAUAGAAGAUCAUGUCGUGGUUAUCGGAGGUGACACACUCUUCAAAGAAGAUUUCAGCCUCAGGAAAGUUAAAGAGAGAUUCUCCGACGUGCAGUCGAAGUGUGAAGACGCCUGCCUGGUGCUGUCGUAUCAGUGCAGAGACGAGGAAACUCAUAAAUAUGGAAUCCUGGAGGUAGACGGUGAUCUUUGUGUCCUCUGUAUGAAGGAGAAGCCUCUUCCCUCUGAGACAGAGUCCAGGAGAGCAUGCCCGUGUUUCUACGUGUUUUCAAAGAAAGGUCUUCCUCUGUUGGACAUCUUCCUCGAGGAAAAGAAGGAUGCUCCCAUUGCAGAGAAAGACGCUCCCGGGAACUUUGUGUCGUGGCUCAUCUCGAGGAAACCCGUUUACAUUCAGGAGAUUUCCGGGCGUUUUGAUGUCGGGAAUUUGCCUUCCUACGUUGAAUGCGAUCUUUACUUCAAAGAAAAACUUCAGGACGUUGAGUCGUACAUGAAGUAGAAGGAAAUUUAUUAUUUCAUGUUAAAACUGAUCCAAGAAGAAAAUUAUCAUGUGACUGUAAAUACACCUUUGGCUUUAUAAUGAA